CUCUUUCCGUUCCAAUAGUUGGCUUUGACUGCUUUUUUUUAACCUCGCCGAUACCUCCUUUUUCUCUGAGAUUUUUACUCAUUGGCUGCGAGAGGAGCAGAGCGUUGCUAGGGUUUAGAAGGCCAUGGCAGGAUCAGGGAGUUCGAUGCUAUAUUCAUUUCUUUUAUUUACUGUCAUUCUGUCACUCCAAAUGAUGUAUCGAGGGAAGUUAGCUUCGUCGGAGCUUUUCACAAUACUUGGUGGAUUCAUCAGCUCCCUCUUGUUUCUUGUGUUACUAACAUUCAUUGGGAAUUUCCAGGAGUCAAAUGGGAUGAGGACCAGUUGGGGUGCCGUCAUAUUAGCAGAAGCUGUUGCACUGAUUGUUGCUAGCACUGUUCAUCGAGUGUGUAUCACAACAUGUUUCUUGUUCUCAGCUGGGUUACUUUAUGAGAUCAACAAGAUUUCAGGAGUGUUGGUCUCUAAAAUUGAGUCGAAAACAAAGAGGCACUGAGU